GCCUCUUGCCCCAGGGUUACAUAAUUUCUCCUCUCUUCUUAGACCCUUUUUGUCUUCUUAACCUAUUUCCUCUCGAACUAAACCAAUCCCCAAAUCUUCUCCAAAAAAUUCUCUGUACAGUUCUACCUUUUUGAUGUCCGAAGCAUCCACCGUUUUGCAGUAAAUAGAUAUAGGGAAGUAGACUUUGGAUAUGGCGAGCUUAAGAUCGAGCUUGCCGUCGCGGCUACGGCAACUUCUGUCCGGUGACGGAGCAAUCGGUCCCUCUGCUAAACUUGACUCCGAGCCUCCGGCAAAAGUAAAGGCUUUUAUUGACAAGGUGAUUGAAAGUCCAUUACAAGACAUAGCUAUACCUCUUUCUGGAUUUCGAUGGGAGUAUGGCAAGGGGAACUUUAAUCAUUGGAGGCCAUUGUUUCUUCAUUUUGAUACAUAUUUAAAGACAUACAUAUCUUGCAGGAAUGACCUUCUGUUAUCUGAUAAUAUUUUAGAUGUUAGUCCAUUUCCGAAGCAAGUGGUUCUACAAAUUUUGCGAGUGAUGCAAAUCAUAUUAGAAAAUUGCCAUAAUAAGAGUUCGUUCAGUGGCUUAGAGCAUUUCAGGCUUUUACUUGCUUCGACUGAUCCUGAAAUCCUUAUAGCAACUUUAGAGACUCUUUCUGCAUUAGUGAAAAUAAAUCCAUCCAAGUUGCAUGCCAGUGGGAAGUUGGUCGGAUGUGGGUCUGUAAAUAGCUGCCUCCUAUCACUCGCACAGGGAUGGGGAAGCAAAGAAGAAGGCUUGGGCUUGUACUCCUGCGUUACUGUUAAUGAAAGGACCCAAGAAGGGGGCUUAUGUUUGUUUCCUUCUGAUGUGGAAAAUGAUACUGGCAAAGCACAGUAUCAUUUGGGGUCAACCCUUUACUAUGAGUUGCAUGGUACCAGUAGUCAAAGUACCGAGGGAGUUAGUGAAAGCUCGGUGUCUUCUGGCAUGAGUGUUAUUCACUUGCCUGAGCUCCAUUUGAGGAAAGAGGAUGAUCUAUCGCUUAUGAAGUUGUGCAUUGAUCAGUAUGAUGUUCCUCCUGAACACAGAUUCUCAUUACUGACAAGGAUCAGAUUUGCCCGUGCAUUUCGUUCUCCUAGAAUAUGCAGACUGUACAGCAAGAUUUGCCUCCUGUCCUUCAUUGUGCUUGUCCAAUCCAGUGAUUCUCAUGAUGAACUUGUUUCCUUUUUUGCCAAUGAGCCAGAAUACACAAAUGAGUUAAUUAGGAUUGUGAGGUCUGAAGAAACCAUAUCUGGAGCUAUCAGAACGCUUGCAAUGAAUGCUCUGGGAGCCCAAUUAGCUGCUCAUUCAUCAUCGCAUGAGCGGGCAAGGAUUUUGAGUGGUUCAAGCAUCAGUUUUGCAGGGGGUAAUCGUAUGAUUCUUCUGAAUGUGCUCCAAAGAGCAAUUUUAUCGUUAAAUAACUCCAAUGAUCCAUUGUGUGUUGCCUUUGUUGAAGCACUUGUUCAGUUCUACUUGCUACAUGUCAUAUCUUCUUCAAGUUCUGGGAGCGUAAUCAGAGGUUCGGGGAUGGUCCCUGCCUUUUUACCUCUUUUAGAGGAUUCUGAUCCAACACAUCUGCAUCUUGUGUGUUUAGCUGUGAAAACUCUGCAAAAGCUCUUGGACUAUAGCAAUGCGGCAGUGACACUCUUUAAAGAUUUGGGUGGGGUGGAGCUUUUGGCACAUAGAUUGGAGAUAGAGGUACACAGAGUAAUUGAUUUGGCUGGAGUAGAUGUUAGUCCAAUGGCUGUUGGUGAAUGCUCCAGGAACACUAAUGAUCAGAUAUAUUCUCAGAAAAGACUCAUCAGGGUUCUAUUAAAGGCUCUUAGUUCUGCUACUUAUGCCUUAGCAAAUUCGACAAGAUCCCAGAAUGCUUAUGAUGGUUCUUUACCUGCUACUCUGUCACUGAUUUUUGGUAAUGUGGAAAAAUUUGGAGGUGAUAUUUAUUAUUCUGCUGUGACGGUUAUGAGUGAAAUAAUUCAUAAAGACCCCACCUGCUUUCCUGCUUUGUAUGAAUUGGGCCUCCCCAAUGCUUUUCUGUCAUCAGUGGUGGCUGGUAUAUUGCCUUCUUCAAAGGCACUUACAUGUGUUCCAAAUGGUCUCGGUGCGAUUUGUCUUAAUGCCAAGGGUUUAGAGGCAGUGAGAGAAACUUCGGCACUGCGCUUUCUUGUUGAUAUAUUCACGGACAAAAAGUAUGUGAUAGCUAUGAAUGAAGGUAUUGUCCCUUUGGCAAAUGCUGUGGAAGAGCUUCUGAGGCAUGUUUCUUCAUUACGAGGUACCGGUGUUGAUCUGAUAAUUGAAAUUAUCAAUAGGAUUGCAGUGCUUGGGGAUGCUAAACCUGUAGAUUCAUUAGGGAAAUCUAAUGAAAGCACUGCAAUGGAAAUGGAUUCUGAAAACAAGGAAAACAUGGGUCCUUGCAGCCUUGUUGAUGUUACCGGUUCAACUUCUGAAGGGCUUUCGGAUGAGCAGUUCAUCCAGCUAAGUAUCUUUCAUGUCAUGGUACUUGUUCACAGGACAAUGGAAAAUUCUGAAACAUGUAGGUUGUUUGUAGAGAAGUCAGGAAUUGAAGCUCUACUUAAACUUCUUUUAAGGCCAAGUGUUGCACAGUCAUCUGAAGGGAUGUCCAUAGCACUACACAGUACUAUGGUCUUCAAGAGUUUCACUCAACAUCAUUCGACACCUUUAGCACGUGCCUUCUGUUCUUCUCUCAAGGAUAAUCUGAAAAAGGCUUUAACUGGAUUUACUGGUGUCUCCGGAUCCUUUCUGCUGGACCCUAGGGUGAUUCCAGAUAGUGGAAUUUUUUCAUCACUCUUUAUUGUUGAGUUUCUUCUAUUUCUGGCUGCCUCAAAAGACAAUCGUUGGGUAACUGCAUUGCUUACUGAAUUUGGAAGUGAAAGCAAGGAAGUUUUGGAGGAUAUUGGGCGUAUCCAUCGUGAAGUCUUAUGGCAGAUUGCUCUUCUUGAAGACUCUAAGAUUGAUGUAGAGGAUGAUGCUACUGGUUCUGCGGAUGAGUCACGCCAGUCAGAGUUGGAUAUGAUUGAUUCUGAAGAGCAAAGAUUCAACUCUUUCCGACAAUUUCUUGAUCCCCUGCUUCGAAGAAGAAUGUCUGGAUGGAGUGUUGAAUCACAGUUUUUUGAUCUGAUAAACCUCUAUCGUGAUCUUACUCGCGCAUCUGGUCUUCAGCAACGACAGACUGUUGAUGGUCUCUCAAACAUACAGCCAGGAGUUGGUCAUCAGUCUGCUUCUGCCAAUGUUGCUGAGUCCAGUGGUAAGAAGGAUGAAGAUAGGCAGAGAACCUAUUACCGUUCCUGUUGUGAUAUGGCGAGAUCAUUAUCAAUUCACAUCACCCAUUUGUUUCAAGAGUUGGGAAAGGUAAUGCUUCUUCCAUCUCGUAGGCGAGAUGACAUGCUAAAUGUGUCUUCUCCUUCAAAAUCAGUUGGUUCUAGCUUUGCUUCAAUUGCAUCAGACCAUGUGAACUUCGGAGGCCACGUAAAUCAUAGUGGAUCUGAUGCAUCUGUUUCAACCAAGUGUCGCUAUUUUGGAAAGGUGGUUGAUUUUAUUGAUGGCAUUCUACUUGACAAGCCUGAUUCGUGUAAUCCUGUUAUACUAAAUUGCUUGUAUGGACGAGGGGUGAUCCAAUCCAUUUUGACCACAUUUGACGCUACUAGUCAGUUGCUUUAUGAUGUGAACAGAGCUCCUGCAUCGCCCAUGGAGACUGAUGAAGGGGCUUUGAGGCAGGAUAGAAUGGAAGAAGUAGAUCAUUCCUGGAUAUAUGGUCCCCUAGCCUGCUUCGGUAGACUUAUGGACCACCUGGUAACUUCAUCCUUUAUUUUAUCUCCUUUUACGAAGCACUUGCUUACACAGCCUUUGGUGAAUGGGGAUAAACCAUUUCCUCGAGAUGCUGAGACAUUUGUUAAGGUUCUCCAGUCUAUGGUACUGAAAGCUGUUCUUCCAGUUUGGAUUCAUCCACAGUUUACAGAAUGCAAUUAUGAUUUCAUUACAACACUAAUCAACAUCAUCAGACACAUUUACUCUGGGGUAGAAGUGAAAAACAUUGCUAGCAAUGCAACUCGGAUAUCUGGCCCUCCCCCCAAUGAAUCAACUAUUGCAACAAUAGCAGAGAUGGGUUUUUCCAGAUCCCGCGCUGAAGAGGCACUGAGACAGGUCGGUUCAAACAGUGUGGAGUUGGCAAUGGAGUGGUUAUUCUCGCAUCCUGAGGAAACUCAAGAAGAUGAUGAACUUGCCCGAGCACUAGCAAUGUCCCUUGGGAACUCUGGAUCAGAGUCAAAGGAAGAUUCUGCUGAUGAAUCUAGUCAAUCUAUUGUAGAGGAAAUGGUGCAACUUCCUCCUGUUGAUGACUUGUUAUUAGCUUGUAGGAGGCUUUUGCAGAUGAAAGAGACACUGGCUUUUCCUGUUAGAGGGCUCCUUGUGAUGAUUUGCUCCCAAAAUGACGGUCAUAACAGGUCCCAUGUUAUUUCGUUUAUUAUUGAACAAGUGAAGCUUUGUGGUAACAUUUCUGACAGUGGCAGCAGUACCAUGCUGUCUUCCUUAUUCCAUGUUCUUGCUUUGAUUUUAAAUGAAGAUGCAGCUGCUAGGGAAGUUGCUGCAAAGCAUGCUUUGGUUAAAGUUGCAUCAGACCUCCUGUCACAGUGGAAUUCAGGUUCAUAUGACCAGGUUGCAUCUCAAGUCCCUAAAUGGGUGACAGCAGCAUUUGUUGCCAUUGACCGCCUUGCUCAAGUGGAGCAGAAAUCAAAUCUUGAUGUUUCAGAACUGUUAAAGAAGGAAGAGGUUGGCAGUCAGACAUCUAUUGUGAUAGAUGAUGAUAGACAAAACAAGUUGCAGAAAACAUUGGGCUCAUCUCCCAAACACUUGGAUGUACAGGAGCAAAAGCGACUUGUUGAAAUAGCAUGUGGUUGUAUUAAGAGACAACUUCCUUCUGAGACAAUGCAUGCUGUGCUGCAGUUAUGUUCUACUCUUACAAGAACUCAUUCAAUUGCUGUCAGUUUUCUUGAUGCUGGGGGUCUGCAGUCACUGCUUUCCUUGCCAACAAGUAGCCUAUUUGUUGGGUUUGAUAAUAUAGCUGCUACCAUAAUCAGACAUGUUCUUGAAGAUCCCCAGACACUUCAGCAAGCAAUGGAAUCUGAAAUUCGGCACAGUAUAGCAACUGCAGCUAACCGGCAGGCCAGUGGAAGGCUUACAGCUCGAAAUUUUCUACUAAAUUUAAGUUCUGUCAUUCAACGGGAUCCAGUGAUUUUUAUGAAAGCUGCUCAGUCUGUUUGCCAAAUUGAGAUGGUUGGAGAGAGGCCGUACAUUGUCUUGCUCAAAGAUCGUGACAAGGAUAAAACUAAGGAAAGAGAGAAAGAGAAGGAGAAACCAGAAGAGAAAGACAAGCUACAGAACAGUGAUGGGAAAGCUAGUCUGGGUCAUAUGAAUUCACAGUCGCCUGGAAGUGGGCAGGGAAAGCUUUUUGACACAAGUUCAAAGAAUGUUAAACUCCACAGGAAACCUCCUCAUAGCUUUGUAAAUGUAAUUGAGCUUCUUUUGGAUUCAGUUAUUACUUUUGAUCCUCCAGUUAAAGAAGAAUCCUUGACAAAAGAUAACUCAUCGUCGCAAGACAUGGACAUUGAUAUAUCUGGAUCUAAAGGCAAAGGUAAAGCUAUAGUGUCUGCAUCUGAUGAGAAUGAAAGCAAUGAGCAAGAGUCUGCAGCAUCCAUGGCCAGGAUUGUAUUUAUUCUGAAGCUUUUGACCGAGAUUCUUCUGAUGUAUGCUUCGUCUAUUCAUGUUUUGCUCCGGAAAGAUUCUGAAGUUAGCAGCUGCAGGGUAACAUCUGAACGGGGUUCUAGUGCUGGAGUGUUUCACCAUAUUCUUCAUAAGUUUUUACCACACUUGAAAACUUCUAGAAAGGAAAAGAAAACAGAUGGUGAUUGGAGGCAUAAAUUAGCAAGCAGAGCAAACCAGUUUUUGGUGGCAUCGUGUGUUCGCUCUACUGAAGCAAGGAAAAGAAUUUUUGUGGAGAUAAGCUAUGUUUUCAAUGAUUUUUCUCAUUCAGCUAAAGGGUUUAGAGCACCUGAUGUUGAUAUCCAAGCCUUCAUUGAUCUCCUAAAUGAUGUAUUGGCUGCUCGCACUCCUACAGGCUCAUACAUUUCAGCUGAGGCCUCAGUAACUUUUGUUGAUGUUGGUCUAGUUCGAUCUCUAACUAGAGUUCUUCAUGUGUUAGAUCUAGAUCAUGCCGAUUCUGCCAAGUUGGUAACUGGGCUUGUGAAAGUUCUGGAAUUGGUGACUAAGGAACAUGUCAAUGCUGCUGACUCCAAUGCAGGGAAAGGUGAGCAGUUGGGGAAACCAUCUGCUCAAAUAGAGUCUAGAGAAACAGAAAUUGCUGGUGAUACGUCACAGUCGCAGGAAACAAUGUCCCAAGCUAAUGCAAAUGCAGUGAACGUGGACAAUGUUGAGUCUUUUACUGUGAUUGAGAAUUAUGGUGGAUCUGAGGCUGUGACAGAUGAUAUGGAACAUGACCAGGAUAUGGAUGAAGGUUUUGCUGCUCCUGAAGAAGAUUAUAUGCAUGAAACUCCAGAAGACACAAGAGGCGUGGAAAAUGGCCUAGACUCUGUAGCAGUAAGAUUUGAAAUACAGCCGGAUGUGCAAGAGAAUCUUGAUGAUGAUGAAGAAGAUGAAGAAGAAGAUGAGGAUGAGGAUGAUGAGAUGUCAGGUGAUGAAGGAGAUGAGGUUGAUGAAGAUGGGGAUGAUGAAGAACAGAACAUUCUUGAAGAAGAUGAAGUGCAUCACUUACCACAUCAUGAUACAGAUCAAGAUGACCAUGAAAUUGAUGAAGACGAGUUUGAUGAAGAAGUGAUGGAAGAAGAGGAGGAAGAUGACGAGGAUGAUGAGGAUGGUGUAAUAUUGAGGUUGGGAGGUGGAAUGAAUGGCAUUAAUGUAUUUGACCAUAUCGAAGUUUUUGGGAGAGAGAGUAGCUUUUCGAGUGAAACUCUACAUGUAAUGCCUGUUGAAGUAUUUGGCUCCAGACGUCAAGGUCGUACAACAUCCAUCUACAAUUUGUUGGGUAGAAGUGGUGAUAGUAUUGUUCCUUCACAACAUCCACUUCUGGUGGAACCAUCCUCAUCGCCAGCAGCUUCUUUGGGACAGCCAGAGAAUGCUCGUGAUGCUUACACAGAUAGAAACUUGGACGGAACAUCAUCUCGGUUGGAUUCCAUAUUCCGUUCACUUCGCAAUGGACGUCAUGGCCACCGGUUUAAUUUGUGGGCAAGUGAUAACCAGCAAAGUGGGGGAUCAAGUACAUCAGCAAUCCCUCAGGGUCUUGAAGACUUGCUUGUUUCUCAGUUGAGGCGUGCAACUCCUGAGAGAAACUCUGAUCAUAAUACUUCAGUGUCAUCACAAAAUAAAGAAGAGGCUAGUCAUUCCCCUGGAUCAGCUGGGAUAAUGACAGGACCCUCUGUUGCUGAUGGUGCCAACAGUGACGGUGGAAACCUACCGCCUACCUCUUCCACAGCAAUAGAUACCUCUCGUGUUACUGAUACUGUACCUGCAGCAAAUGAAACCACUCAGGAAGCUGAUGUUUCUAGCAGACAGCCUCAAUCCGUUGAGAUGCAGUUUGAGCAAAGUGAUGCUGUUGUUCGGGACGUUGAAGCAGUAAGUCAAGAAAGUAGUGGUAGUGGCGCAACUCUUGGGGAGAGUCUUCGGAGUUUGGAUGUCGAAAUUGGGAGUGCUGAUGGCCAUGAUGAGGGUGGAGACAGGCAAGGCACUGGAGAUCGAACAAGGAGGACUAGUGUAUCAUUUGUAAAUGCUGCCCCACUGAAUGUAAGAGAUCCUCCCCUUCAUAGUGUAACUGAGGUUUCUGAAAAUCCCAGUCAAGAAGCAGAGCAAGGUGAUGCAGCUGAAGAGCAACGAAAUGCUGAUGCUGACUCUGGAUCAAUAGAUCCUGCUUUUCUUGAUGCACUGCCCGAGGAGUUGCGUGCUGAAGUUCUUUCUGCUCAGCAGGGUCAAGCAGCCCAACCGCAAAAUCCUGAUCCAGAGAAUGCUGGAGAUAUUGAUCCUGAGUUUCUUGCUGCACUUCCCCCCGAUAUUCGAGAAGAAGUUCUGGCUCAACAACGUGCCCAAAGGCUGCACCAAGCACAAGAGCUGGAAGGUCAACCUGUUGAAAUGGACACUGUCUCAAUAAUUGCAACAUUUCCUUCAGAAUUAAGAGAAGAGGUGCUUUUGACUUCAUCUGAUGCUAUUCUUGCAAAUCUGACUCCUGCCCUUGUGGCGGAAGCAAACAUGUUGAGGGAAAGGUUUGCACGUCGGUAUAAUCGCACUCUUUUUGGGAUGUAUCCAAGAAAUCGUAGGGGUGAAUCUUCUAGACGUGGUGAAGUUCUUGACAGAGCUAGUGGAAUUCUUCCGCGAAGGUCAAUGGGAAAUAAGCCAGUUGAGGCUGAGGGCUCACCUUUGGUUGACACAGAGGAUCUGAAAGCAAUGAUCCGGUUGCUUCGGAUAGUUCAGCCACUUUAUAAAGGGCAGCUGCAAAGGCUUCUCCUGAACCUUAGCGCUCAUGCCGAAACCAGAUCAGCAUUGGUCAAAAUUCUUGUGGACUUGUUAAUGCUUGAUAUAAAGAAGCCAGCCAGUUGUAUUAAUGCUGCUGAGCCCCUCUACAGACUGUAUGCCUGUCAGAGUCACGUGACGUAUUCUCGCCCUCAGUAUGUUGAUGGGGUUCCUCCUUUGGUGUCCCGGCGUGUUCUAGAAACCCUUACCUACUUGGCUCGGAAUCAUCCUUUAGUUGCAAAGAUUCUUCUAGAAUCUAGCCUUCCUGAGCCAGGCUCGAAAGUUUCUGGGACCUCUGAACAGAAGGGAAAAGCCAUAAUGAUUGUUGAGGAGGAUGAAUUACAAAAGCAGCAAGAAGGGGUUGUGUCACUUGCCUUGCUUUUGUCACUGUUGAAGCAACCGCUCUAUUUGCGAAGUAUAGCACAUCUUGAACAGCUGCUAAAUUUAUUGGAUGUGGUCAUUGACAAUGCUGAAACUAAAUCAAAUUCAUCUGAUGAGCCUGGUUCUUCUGUUCCUGGACAACAAUCUGAUCCUCAUACUUCCACAUCUGAUGCUGAGAUGAACGCCAGUUCUGGAGCCACAUCAGCAGUCAAUGAUUCCUUGAAGGCUUCUUCCUCUGGUGCCAAGAGAGAAGGGGACUCUGUUCAUGUUCUGCUUAAUUUACCGCAAGCAGAACUUCGACUUCUGUGUUCAUUGCUUGCAAGAGAAGGUCUGUCAGAUAAUGCAUACACUCUUGUGGCAGAAGUUUUGAAAAAAUUGGUGGCUAUUGCUCCUGUUCAUUGUCAUCUGUUCAUUACUGAGCUAGCUAGUUCUGUGCAAAGUCUGAUCAAGUCUGCGAUGCAUGAGUUGCACAUUUUUGGGGAAGUAGAGAAAGCGCUUCUUAGUACUAGUUCCUCUGAUGGAGCUGCUAUUUUAAGGGUUCUACAAGCUUUAAGCUCUCUUGUUGCUGCACUUAACCAGAAGGAUUCUCAGAUUCUUUCUGAAAAGCACUCUAAAACUGUUUCUCUUGUCCGGGAAAUCAAUGUAGCAUUAGAGCCAUUGUGGUUGGAGCUGAGCAUUUGUAUCAGCAAGAUGGAGAGCUAUUCUGAUUCAGCACCUGAUUUGUUGCGCUCAUCUAUUCUUUCAACAUCUAAACCAUCUGGCAUGAUGCCCCCCCUUCCUGCUGGCAGUCAGAAUAUAUUGCCCUAUAUAGAAUCCUUUUUUGUGAUGUGUGAGAAGUUGCAUCCUGAAGAGCCAGGUUCAGGGCAUGAUUUUAGUCUUGCUACUGUUUCUGAUGUUGAAGAGGCUGCUGCUUUUGCUAGUCAGCAGAAAGCUUCUGGACCUUUGGCAAAAGCUGAUGAAAAGCAAAUGGCGUUUGUGAAAUUCUCAGAUAAGCACCGAAAACUUCUGAAUUCUUUCAUCCGGCAAAAUCCUGGUUUACUUGAGAAGUCUUUCUCGCUGAUGUUGAAGGUUCCUCGCAUUAUUGAUUUUGACAAUAAACGUGCGCAUUUUAGAUCUAAGAUCAAACACCACCAUGAUCAUCAUCACAGUCCUUUAAGAAUUUCUGUUAGAAGAGCUUACAUUCUGGAAGAUUCGUACAAUCAGCUUCGCAUGAGGACAGCACAAGAAUUGAAAGGAAGGUUGACCGUUCACUUCCAAGGGGAGGAAGGAAUUGAUGCUGGUGGUCUAACAAGGGAAUGGUAUCAAUUGUUGUCAAGGGUAAUUUUUGAUAAAGGAGCGCUGCUAUUUACCACUGUUGGCAAUGAAUCAACUUUCCAGCCUAAUCCAAACUCAGUUUACCAGACGGAACACCUUUCAUACUUCAAAUUUGUCGGGCGUGUUGUUGGGAAGGCUCUUUUUGAUGGACAACUUCUUGAUGUUCAUUUUACCCGGUCGUUUUACAAGCAUAUCCUUGGGGUCAAAGUAACAUAUCACGACAUUGAAGCUAUUGACCCUGAUUACUUUAAGAAUCUGAAAUGGUUGCUGGAGAAUGAUAUCAGUGAUAUUAUUGAUCUCACAUUCAGCAUUGAUGCUGAUGAAGAAAAACUGAUCCUAUAUGAACGGACAGAAGUUACUGACUAUGAACUGAUUCCCGGUGGUCGAAACAUCCGAGUUACCGAGGAAAAUAAACACCAGUAUGUAGAUCUCGUUGCAGAGCAUCGGUUAAAUACUGCCAUUCGUCCACAGAUAAAUGCAUUCUUGGAGGGAUUCAAUGAAUUAAUACCUCGGGACCUGAUAUCUAUAUUCCAUGACAAGGAAUUGGAAUUGCUGAUAAGUGGGCUUCCAGAUAUUGACCGUUUAAAAAAAGGGUUUAAACUUAAGUAA